ACCAGCUGUGAAUGGAUUACCAUUGAAUCCGAAGAAAAGUCUUCCUGAACUUCGCUCGAUGCAAUUACGCCCUUCAGAACGUCGAGCAAGAACACGACCACCACUUCCCACCGAAGUUCCACAGCAGCACCGCCCCUCAAUCUCGAAGGGGUCAAGCAGUGACACAAGCCAUACUGUCCGGCGCUUGCCUCCUAGACAAACUUUCAAAGAUGAUACAGAGGCGGAGCUGAAACAGCUGCCUCCAAUGGACGGAGAAAGAAACUCAUAUUUCAGGCGUAUGUCGACCCUACCAGCAUCUACGAUAUCAAAAGCUGUACCAGAAUGCCUCCUCGUUACAGUGGAUGCGGCACGUGGUAUCCUCUUCGCACUCACUCAGAUCUACUCAGCUCUCAGAGACUAUAUCGUCUUUUCCAUCAACGACCGGCUGUCCAAUGUUUUAAACCAAGUCCUCGACCCUGCAUAUCAAUAUUUGGCGCGUCUCAUCACGGCCUUGGACAGGUUUGAUGCCCUCUGUCGAAGCGGAACGCCGCCUCCAGCUGCUUGUCGAGGG